AUGUCGAACAACGUGUUCGAUCUGUAUCAUCGCGAUCGCGUCGAACACGCCUCGGAAGAGGAGGAAGAGGAAGAGGAAGAGGAAGAAUCCAUCGCCGCUUCCUCGUGGGAAAAAACAUCCACCGAAGGAGAGGAAGACACAGAGGAAGAGGAAAAUUUUACGCCGCCGCGCAAAAUUCGAGAAAAGAAGCGCAAACACAGGUUCCGAUGGGAAUGCGUUCGUUUGAGCUGGAAAUCUUUGGUCGAUGCGUAUUACGUUUCUGAAAAGGAGGAGAAGGACGCGAUGCCGGGACGAGUGUUUAUAGCGAUUCCGGGACGGGCGUGGAUGAUGAACUCGAACGAGGAGGAUCCGGAGGACGAGAACGACGACGACGAGGAUUUGCGGAGCGAAUAUUCAGGAGAAGAGGAAGAAGAAGAGGAAGACGAGAAUGCGAAGGCGCUGAGAAGGACGCGCGAAGACUGCGCGAAGUUUUCGAAAGAAGUCAUCAAUCGCAUCGUGUUUGGCGUCGCGUGGAAGAAAGUACACGAGAACUGUUUGGGUACGACUACUACUAAUAAUACGAUCACUUGGAGCAAGUAUAAUCGAGACCCGUUGGAUACGAUGAAUACGGACGAGUACGAGGAGGACGUGUACGAGAGAGAGUUGCACGCGAAGGCGAGAUUCGAUCGACGGUGGGUUUUGGAGGAGAGGGUGAAUUGGUUAAACUCGUUUCGUAAAAUAGUGAGAAAGUUUAGGGAGGAAUCGUUCGGUAUCGUCGGCGGUAAGAGUCGAGGUGGUGAAGAAGAAGGAGGAGGAGGAGAAGGAGAUGGAGGAGAGAAGAAGAAGAAGAAGGAGAAGAGCGACGCGAGUUUGGGUUUGCAAAAAGCGUUGGUGGAAGACGCGGUGUUUAGAGACGCCGCGAUGCAAGCGACGCGGAAGUGGCCUUUACCGGUUGAAGGAGAAGAGAAGGCGUUCCCGAUGUACGACGAGUGGGCAGAGAAGGAAGAUCCAAAGAAGAAGAAGAAGAAGAAGAAGAAGCAGAAGAAGAACAAGAAGGAGGAAGCCGAAAACGAUGGAAGAGGAAAAGCGAGGAAAAUAGACGACGAAGACGUCGUAAUCAUCGAAGAAGAGGACGACGACAAGGAGACGAAGGAUCUGGUGCGACUGGUUCAAAAUAUAAAGCGUAAAUUUGGUUCGCCCACUACGAGAGCGCCAGGACCGAGCGAAAGACUACACGAGACACCAGCAGAGAGAGCGAGUGCAGUUAUCGCGCGAGAUUUAUCUUCUCUCGCGAUAAACUUAGAAAACUAUAAGCGCGCGUUGAUUAUCUUGAUCAAAUGCGUGAAUGAAGAGAGCGCGAGCUGGGAAUCGGCGGAGCAAGAGCUGAUAGCGAGAAGAGCGUUGCGACGUCAAAUGCAAUAUUCCUAUCCCACCAAUCCGCGUAAAGACGAGUUAAAGAGAGAACUCGUAGAAAUUCGAAAGAAACGCCUCGAAAAUCUCAGAUUACAGUCGAGGAACGAGUUCGAUUCGGAGAGAUACAUGGCGGAGCUCUUAACCGAAGAAAAAGAGAAAGAAUGGAAGAGGCAAGAGUUGCAGGAGAAGGCGAUGGCGACGCCGCAACAUUCAACCUACAACGCGGAGCCAAUGACCUGGUUUCCUGGCGUUCAAAACAUUGGAAAACAAGAUGGAAGUAAAAGUAAUGAUAAAAAGCAAACGACGACGACGAAGAAGAAGAAGAAGAAGAAGAAGCCAAAAGAGCCGAAAAUCUCGACGAAGAAGGCGAAAAGAGUCCAAAAGAAAGAGAAGAAAAAAAAGGAAACGGAAGAGGAAGAAGUCGUUACCGGGAAAAUAGAACUCGAGCACUUAGCUCCGGGCAUGUCCAUCGAAAUCGACUCGGGAGAUCCCGAGGACCCGUGGUGGGGAGAAAUCGUUCGAUUGAAAAAAUCCGACGCGUCGAUCGAGUCGAAAGACGAAGACGAAGUGGAGAUCACGUGGAUCGUCAAAAACUCGAAAGGUAAAUACGAAUAUUUGAAAGAAAAAGGAGGUCGGGGUCGCCAAAAUGACGUCAUCAAUGUCUAUUCGAUUAAAGAGUGCGGGUUUCACUUGCCGUGCGCGCAAGCGUCGCAGAAGAAACGGCAAAACAUCGCCGCCAAAAGGAGCGAGCCGCCAAAAAAGUAA